AUGCCUUCUCCGGGCCUCGGAGUCCUCAGCCCGCAGCAGCUCGGAUUUGGCGGCUUAGCACUCUACUGCUUCCUGGGACCCGUGGCCGUCACGUCACUGGUGCUGUUUGUCGUCGCACUCAUCGUCAUCGCCUAUCGCCUCGUCUUGCACCCCCUGGCACGCGUGCCCGGACCGAAGAUUGCCGCGCUCUCCAACAUCUGGUAUGCGUACCACGCCCGCAAUGGGCGCAUGCUGGAGCUGGGCAAGACGCUUCACAGGCGGUAUGGCCCUAUGGUGAGGGUUGGGCCGAAUGAGGUCUGGUUCGACUCAGUUGACGCGUUCAAGCACAUCUACAUCUCAACCGCCCUUCAGCGGCCGGACAUCACGUUUACCCCCUUUCCAACCUUCACGUCCCCAGAGACGUUGGAUCUCCUCUCGGAGCGCAACACUGCUCGAUACCGGCUGCAACGUCGACUCAUCGGGCCCCUCUACCAGACCAACCACCUCAAGCGCCACGAGCCCGCCCUCGAUGCGGUGCUGGCGCGCGUCAUCUCCACCCUGCGCGCCCUCGACGGCAAAGAGAUCGACUUGAAAGAGUGGAUGCACAUCAUCGCCGUUGAGUCCCUCUCCGCCCUCGUCAUCUCGUGGUCGCCCAACUACCUCAGGGACGGCACCGAUCACAAGUCCAGCAGCCACGGGUACCAGGGCUGGCGCCGCAAGUCCGUCUUCGGCCUGUUCCCCCUGGCCGUCAAGGCCGAGCUCUUCUCAAAGGCCUUCGGCAGGGCUUUCGCCAACCUGUGGCGCGUGACCUACAGGACGCCCAAGAACUUCAAGCCCUUCUUCACGGGCGUGUACCGCCAGGUGUCCCGUCGCAUCACGAACUCGCUCGCCGGCAAGCCUGUGCCCAAGAACGACCGCAAGGAUGACUUCCUCACAGACCUGAUCCAGCUUCACAAGGACAAGCCGGAUUUCUCGGAGCAGUACCUCCGCCGCAUGGCCAUCACCAACUUCGGCGCCGGCCAUGAGACCAUGUGCUCCGCCCUCACGUCCAUCAUGUCCAUGAUCGGCUCCCACCCGGACGUCCAGCGGCGGAUAUCCAACGAAGUCUGCGCCUCGCCCUCAGAUCCGAAGAGCUACGACAACGCGGUGCGUCUCGCAUACACGCAAGCCGCCAUCAAAGAGGCCCAGCGCCUCUACCCCGUCCUCGGCAUGGCGCUGCCCCGAACCGUGCCCCCUGAGGGCUUCACCGCCCACAGCCAGUUCUUCCCGGGCGGGACGACAGUCGGAUGCAACCCCGUCUCACUGCACCGCAACACGUCGAUCUUUGGGCCUGACGCGGAGGAAUACAAUCCGGAUCGCUGGCUAGACGAGGAGAGGGACGUCAGGGGUAUGGAGCGGUUUAAUCUUACAUGGGGUGGGGGCGGAAGGAUGUGUCCCGGGAGGCAUCUGGCUGAGUUGGUUGUGUACAAGACGAUACCGGCUUUGAUGGAGCAUUUCGACGUCGAGGUGACGAUGCCGCCGGAGGAGGAGAUAGAGUACUACUUCAUGGCCAUGCUCACAGGCGUGAGGGCUCGUUUCUUGCCGAAGGCUGGAUGA